AUGGCGACGAACCCUGAAUACUAUGAUUUGCAGAUCAUGGGUAAGACUCCCCAAUACGGGGUCAAUGUCUUCAACGGUGGUCCUGGAUUUUCAACUCAGUCUUCGAAGCAAUUUGAGGUCUACCAAGGGGAUGCGAUUUAUGUGUACAUAAGGAAAACAUUGUCUUGUCUCAUUUUCAAAAACACUCUCUUCUACAAUGGCAAUCGUAAGUCCACGAAUGCACCUUUCCAAAUGAGUCAUGAAACUGGUGAAGUGAUCGAUUGUGUUGACAUUAACAAGCAACCCGCUUUUGAUCAUCCGCUUCGCAAGAAUCACACCAUACAGACGAACCCAAGCUCCAAUCGGAAAGCGAAUGAAGCGGGACAUGUGAGAGGUGCAGUCAGUCAAGUUUGGUGGAAAUACGGUAAAUGCCCUAAAGGAACGGUCCCCAUCAGAAGAGUGCAAAAUGGUACCACUCGUCACGUUAAACGGUGGGCUUCACGCCUGAAGCGGCUCAAUUUGAGCGAGAAUGAAUCCGAUGAUGAUGGUGGUGAACAUAGAUACGCCAUAGGAUUUUUGAGCGGCGGCAAGUACUUGGGAGCUCAAGCAUACCUUAAUUUGUGGAAACCUGAAGUAGUGGACGAUGAAUUCAGUUUGGCUCAAAUUUGGGUCAUAGCAGGCCCUCGUGAGGAAUUGAACACUGUGGAGGCCGGAUGGAUGGUUAACAGACAACGAAGUGAUAGCGGGCUCCCAGAGCUUUUCGUAUUCUAUACGGGUGAUGGCUAUAAGACAGGCUGCUACAAUACAGAAUGCCGUGGAUUCGUACAAAAAUCUGACCAGUUUGCUUUGGGUGCUGCGCUUGAAGAAUUUUCCACCUAUUCUGGAUCUCAAUAUGAAUUAUUAAUAGCCUUGGUUAAGAAUCCGUAUACUGGAUCGUGGUGGCUGCAAAUUGAGGACAUGAGUAUAGGAUAUUGGGAAAAUGAUGUCUUCACUCAUCUAAAUGGCUAUGCCGAUCGAAUUGAGUUUGGCGGAGAGGUAUCCAGGAAACAAAAGGGUCCUAUUCCUACGUCAACGCAAAUGGGGAGCGGCCAUCUCCCUUCUGAAGGCUUUGCAAAGGCGGCCUAUUUCCGCAGUAUUAAAUUCUUCGACGACGGAUUAAAUAUAAGAGACCCGGAGAAUCUCAUGAAGGCUGUGGAUAAAGCCGAAUGCUAUGAUGUCAAACGGGAGUACGACGUCACAUAUGAAGCUCAUUUCUAUUAUGGGGGCCCCGGACUUUCAGCUCAGUGUGCAAGUUAUUGA